AUGUUGAAAAUUAAUUCGCCAAAGGCAAACGAUACAUUCUCAGAUAUCAUUAAAGAAAAUGAGAGAACUGCAAAAGGAUUACCUGUCACGAGAGUGAAACGGAGUAGUUUUGCUAUGCUCAAUACCAAGGAGUAUACGUCUCCCUUCAGAACGGGACUAACUGGGGUGGGGAAGACUCAAUUGCAAGCUUUGAAGACUCAACGGUUCCCAACGACUAGUGCUACGUCGGACUAUAAUAACUUAAGUACAAAGGAAUUGGGAUUUAAAACUUUAAAAGAUAAUGAUAAAAGAAUUAAGGAUAUUAAAUUCCCUCAAUAUUUGACAGAAAAUGAAAUUAGACAAGCUGGUAUAUUACAUGAUUUGAAAGGGAAAGAGGAUAGAUUGCAAUAUUGGAACGAUUCUCAACAAAUAUUGGAUUAUACAAAGAAAGGCAAAUCAAAACAAAAUAAGAAUGGUGUCACUGCUGCAACCAAUGAGUCAAAAACUAAUAAAUUUAAUGAAGUUAGAUUAAAUGAUCAAUUGGAAGACGCUAAAGAAUUAAACCCACCCACCAUUGAAUCCACGAACUCUAAAGAAAUUGAACAAUUAGAAGAAUCACAACAAGAUAAUGUAGAGACAGCAUCGAUUCCUAUGUUUACAAAUAUUGGGAAAUUGAUUCAACCCACAAUUGAUUCUAAUAAUAACAUACUAAUAACCAGCAAUGGAGACAAUUAUAUUUGUAUGGAUUCAUCAAAUCAAAGUAUAAUCAAUAAGAAUAGCCUUGUCGACGCUACUGAUCUAAUUAACAGAUAUAAAGUCCUUAAACCACCAAUGGAUCCUAAUAAUGCACCAAAGGUACCUUAUUCAGACCCUUCAAUGGCUCACAAGACUACACAAGGACAAACUGAAGCUGAUCAACAGGUAAACCCAAUUGCAUCUCCAGAUGAUCAAGAGAUGAUCGUGAAAAUAGACAAAUAUGGUCAUGUUUCUAAAGCAGUAUAUGAUAAAGUUAUUUAUGAAGGUGAUGUCCAUACAAAUUAUUUGAUUGAUUUCGAUGAACAACAACAUAAGAAAUAUAACGAUAAAGUUGAAAAGUACGAGGAUAAAUUCAAGAGAAUUCAACAAAAGAGAGAUAUCAUCGAUCAAAAAAUGAACCAAUUGAAAAUGGACACUUUAGGGAAACUUGAAGUCAUUGAUAAUAAGUUAAUUAAAAAUAUAAUGGACUCUAAUGCUAAAUAUACUGAUGAUAAAGCUCAUAUUAUGAAGGAGACAGAAUUGACUAAAUUGAAGAAAUUGAACGAAUGUAAAUUCUAUUAUCAAAAACAGAAAUUGAUUCAGGGUCAAAUUAAUGUACUUGGUGUAGAAAGAAGUAACGUUUACGAUGAUUACACAGAAUUUGCUAGUCACAUGAAUAAUGUCUCAAGUGAAUUAGAUGCAAAACUAUUUAGAUUAACUCAAAUCAAUUAUCAGAGUGAUCAAAUUAGAAAAGAAAUUGAUGGUUUAGAACAGAAGAGAACUGUUUUAGAAAAGGAAAUAGAAACCAAUGAGAAGACAAAUGAAACUAAUACAAAGGAAUUAUCUCAAUUGAAAACUGGUGAACAUGAAAAAAACCAAAAAUUGAAUGAAAUUAAUGAUACGAUUACUGACAGACUAGCAUUGUUAGCUAUUGUUAAACAAGAAUCUAAGAACGAAAACUUGAAAGUAGCGCAAUUAACUGACAAGAUUAAUCAAAAACUUAAAGAAACAGAAAGUAGAAUGCAAAAGGAAAUUGAUGACAAUAAGACUAAUUAUGAAGGUAUUAUUACUCAGAAUAGGACUGACCUUCAAGAAAAGAUCGCUAAUUUGGAAGAGGCUCAUAAAGAAAAGAUGGACCAAAUUACAAAAGAUUAUGAUGAAAAAGUGGCAGCAUUACAAAAGAAGGUAGCUCAACAACAAGAAGAAAAAGAAGAAGCAGAAGCUGCUGCUGCUAGAGCAAAGCUAACAGCUGCUCCUGAAGAUGAUUCUUUAUACUCUUAUGAAACUGAAGAAGAAAUUAUAUAUCAAUGA